AAAAAAUGAAGCCUGGCUUAAGGACAAAUGAGAGAUAUGCUGAUUUUGGCGAUGAAAAUGCGUAUAAAGAUGGUAGUAGUAGUCAUUAUGAGGAUGAUUUUGAAGAGAUAGCUGAGAAGAUAUAAAAGGAAUUGAGAAAACCAGGAAUUCACGUAACUCUAAUAGGGGUGGGAUCAAGAUGAGUUAUGAUAGUAGAGAUAGGAGGAAGGUUUUUAAAUCCUUAGCUGGCCAGAGGUCCCGAGGUGCAUUCUCUCCUAGGCUUAACGGAAGUGAACUUCAGGCAAUCAAAACUGUGUCUAAGAGGGGUGGAAUUUACAACAGGAAGGUGAAAUCUAGAUCUUCAGUCCAGAGUCUAAAAAGGAACUCUAAAUCUAGUAUUUCUUCUGAAUCGACAAAAGUAUUAGGAAACCCUCAGCCAAAACUAGAGAAAAUGUCUGCUUACCUUCAAAAAUGCAAAAAUCUCCGUAAGAAAAUGAAAACUUCAACCUCUGAAGAGCAAAAGAGCAAACUCCUGUUACAAGAAAACAAGUUAAUGAGGGAAGGGCUGAAAGAAAUGAACGAGUUUCUUUCAGACUUCAUAGAGCACAUCAAAGAGAAAUAAGCUUGCCUCAAUAAGUUCAAUUGGGUACAAAUACGGUGAUAACGGUAAACUAAAGCGAACAAGGGAGGAAAAAAUACGAAGGCUGACUGCAGAAUCUCAGAACUACAAGAACAUGAUCGCUAACCUCUCAGAGGAGCACCAGAAAUAUAAGCAAAGAAUUCAGAAGAUCAAGGACCCUAAGUUUGUACUUGACUUGCAGAAAGAAGUCACUGAUUCCUAUGAGUACAUUGAGAAGCUUCACAAGCAACUCCGAAAUCUGAAGGAUGACCAAUUUAAGAGAGAAAAGAAGAUGAACGAGGUCAUGACUGUUGGAGUGUCAGAUGCCAUGGGGGUUAUUCAAGAUAAUGUUAAGCAAAUGACUGUCUUAGUCAAUAAAAAGAGACAAUAUGAAGCUCAAAUCCAGUUUCAGACCGAAACUGAAACCCAGAUUGACGAACAUACUGAAAAUAUUAAGAAGAAAGUAGAAGGGUUGGAGGUUAAACUACGAAGCAUUGGGUUAAAUCCAGAUGCUGAGCAAGGCGAUAUCCUUUCUGAAAAGCUGAAAGAUCCUCUAUUGAUGAAGAUAAAGAAACAAAGAAUAGUCAAGAUAGCAAAGGAAUCAAUGAAUAAAAAGUUUUAUACUAAAUUUAAAGAACAGAAGGAGAGACUAAUACAUAUUUUGUCCAAAUAUGACGAAUCAUUUUCCAAGAAAAGUAAUUUAUAUACACCAGAUUCUAAGCUUCAAGAGAGUAAAUACCCUGUGCUAGAGAAGAUAAACAAGAUUUUAACCGAACUAAAUCCAGAAUUCCCAGUGAUUUCUUCAAAGCUACCUUGGACAUCAUCUGUCAACUUCAAGCCAAGGUCUUCAAGAGGGAAUAUGAAGGAUCCUUACAGCAUAAAAUCUACCCACAAGUUGAGAAAACUGAAUUCCCGGUCAUCUAAUGACAUCAGUGACCCAUUCUCAAAAUCAAAAAUCCAAAACCCCCGCAACUUCGAGCUCUCUACACCCUCUAUACCCCACAGUAACCUACUCAACAAGGACAUGGCUGAUCCCAAGGCGUUUAUGGUCAUGAGCAAGUCACCAUAUUUACACAACGGGGGUAAAUAAAGCAGACAAAUUCUUCAAUCUGGUACUACUCCU